GUGGUCUGCGUCAUCAAGUCCGUGGUGGUACUCAGUUGGGGGAACAGAGUGGCUUCAUGCGUCCAGAUCAACUCCUGGUGGGCAGGGUAAGUUGAAUAUGGUGUGUGCGUCAGUCCGUUUGCCCGUGUCUGAGUGAUAACCCCUCUGUUCUCCGUCUAUAGGACUCUGAGACCAUCUACCAAUGGCUGUGUGAGUUCCAGCUGGAGAGCUACACUGCUAACUUCCUCACAGCAGGAUACGAUGUACUAACUAUCAGUAGGAUGACCCCAGAGGUCAGACACUGGAUUCUAUUACCCAUUCAUACGUUUAUUGAUUACGCUUAAUUGAUUGACACAUUUGAGAGUAACUGAGAUAUUAACACACACACACCUCUACAAUGUCUCUCUUUGUGGCAUUGAGAUUUAAAACAAACGUAUUCCUGCAUACACAUUUACCUCUGUUUAUUUUUUAGGUCAACAAAAUAAAAUAAGCAUGGAUAAAUGUGUUCUGUAGUCAUUUGUAUCAUUGGCAGCCUAGUCGUGGGGGUUUUCUAACCUGGUGUGUGUCUCUCCAGGACCUAACAGCCAUCGGUGUGACCAAACCAGGCCACCGUAAGAAGAUCUCCAUGGAGAUAGGCAACCUGAACAUCCCAGAGUGGCUGCCUGACUACAUCCCUGUAAGAGACUGUCACAUGACCUUUGAACUAUGUACACAGUUCUGGCUGUUGACGACAGGCCUUUGACACAGAAAGAGAGAGUUAGUUGUGCAGUAGUGUAUGUAGUCUGUUGUUAAUAUUAAUGAGUUCUUCAUGUUUCAUGUAGAGCUUUACAAUCAGCAGUAACUGUCUUUUGUCGUACAACUAUUGGUCAACAAGCUCACCGUCACUCUGUCUUCUCUCUCUGUCCAUCUCUCCCUCUCUCUCUGUCAGUCUGAGCUGUCAGAUUGGUUGAGUGCGAUCGGUCUCCCUCAGUACCAGAAGAGACUGUGUGAGAAUGGUUAUGACACCAUCAGCAUCGUCAAGGAUAUCACCUGGGAAGACUUAUCGGAGAUAGGAAUCACCAAGCUGGGUAAGAAAUCAUCACACACUUCUGACGCACAGAUGCACUUCACAUGCAAGGUCAAAUUGUUAGUUAAGUGAAUUGUAAGUCUGCAGUGUAGUAGAAGCUCCUGGACACAUCCCCCUUGUCAAUAUGACAGCCUUGGUGUUGACAACCAGUUAUCAACCUUUUUUAACCACUUGUAUACAAAAAUAACUGUUCAUAAAGUUAUUUGUUUUCUGCAAUUUGUGUUUCUAGAAUUUGGGGGAGGGGAGAAGAGACAACUAAUGAAAAGGAGAGACGAAAAAGAGAAGAGAAAGAACAGAGAGAGGAAAGAAAAGAGAGAAACAGAACAGAGAGAAGCCACCCUCUCCUUCCCUCCCCCUCUCUCCUCGCACCCCCCCCUCUCUCCCCACCCCCUAGGACCUCAGGAAGAACCUUAGUUAGCCGUGAAGCGUUUAUGCGACCUGCAUCGUACUCAUCACCAUGCCAACGGCUCCGACAUGCUCCGGCGUAAACCCCCCACGGCUCUGGACCUGGUGGCUAUCGAGCCCCCCGAGAUCCCCGCCGACUGCUGCCCCCCGACCCCUCACUCCCCCAGGACACCCUUCCUCUCCUUCCAUGACAGCGAGCUGAGCACAGGAGGAGGGGGGGGGAUAGGGGGGUUUGGGAUGGGUGUGAGGGUUGUGGUGUCGCCGUUGUCGCUCAGCCAGGAGAGCAUCGGAACGCGCUCCCGCGGAUCUGGAAAUUCUGGAAAAUCUGGGAAAUUUCCGGGAUAUUCCCAAGAGCUUCACCAACAGACUCUGGCAUCGGCUGGAGCGUACAGUCGCUCGGACGAGAGCUUGGGAGGAGGAGGUGGGAGACAGGGGGGAGGAGGGAGUUCAGGGAGAGACCGACAGAGACCCACAGAGGUGUGGUCAGACCAGAAGCGCCACCCCCAGCCCCCCACUAAACUACCCAUCACCCCCCUCACCCCUCCUCUCACCCCCAGCACGAUGCCCCGCUUCGCCUACCCAGCCUUGCCUGUGCCCAGUAAACCCAAACCUUGCCAGUCCCCUGCCCAUCACCCCCUCUCCUCUCCCCCCUCCCCCUCUCCUCAGGCCUCACCCACACAGAGGGCCUUCAACUACCACCACACCCAGGAAGGAGGCACCUAUCUGUGCCAGCGUGGUCUACCCAAGCCCCAGGCUGGAGCAGUCCCCCUCCCAGGACUAGGCCUCAACACAGAGGCUCUUAAGGGCCCUAAGAAACGCACCCAGAGUCUGACACGCUACGCCCUGUCAGAUGGAGAACCGGAAGACGACGAGUCAUCGCUGCAGGAAUCCGUUCCCCCGGUGACCAUUCCCUCGUACGCCACACUAGGACGCAAACCAGGCCGCGGCCAAUCAAAUUCCUCCGCCGUCCAACGCCACAUCAGCCGGAGCCACUCAUUCGCUGUCCGCUCUCGCCGCAAAGGCCCGCCCCCACCGCCACCUAAGAGGAUGAGCUCGGUGAGUGGCAGCCAGGCCAGCGAAUCAGGAGGAGCGGCAGUAGUGCCAGGGCAGGUGGAGGUGGGAGGGGUGGAGACGGAGAGUGCAGGCAGUGUGAGAAGCAUCGCAGCCAGGCUACAGGGGUCCGGGCCCAGGGGCAGCCCCUCUAAUGGGGUAGUGUUACCCUCCCCUCGCACCCCCACCCUCGCCUCCCACAAACCUGUACCCGCUCUGGGGCUGGGAGGCCUGAGGAGGAUGGGGGGCGAGCAGAGGGAUAGAGAUGGAGGGAUAGAGAGAAGCCCAGAAGAGGAGGAGAGUGGGAGGAAGAAUGGUUCAGUAUUUGAAAGCUCUACAUCACCUCAGAGUAGCUCCAGUGAGAACCUCCCUUUCGCGGAGGAGGGCAACCUCACCAUCAAACAGCGGCCCAGGAUGGGAGCAGGCUUCCGGUCAGACCCUGAAAUCCAACCCCAGGCUUCUCCAGAAGACCAAACAAUGCAGGCCCCAAAGACCUUGGGGGUCCCUGAGUUCAACCUCAAAGAGUCGGACACGGUCAAACGACGCCGCCAGCCCAAAGACCGGGACACACACACACUGGACGAGAUCUUCACCGUCAGCGAAGAUGACGGACACACACAGCCACACACACACGGCCGGUCCAACGGCUUCCACACACACACAAACAGAGACAAGCGAGAGGAGGAAGCAGGUGUGAGGUCAGGGAGCAGUUUACAGAGAGUAGGAUCGACAGGGAAAGGCCAGAGACCACCUCUGUCCUCCAAACCAACCAGCCCUCCCCUCAAACCUGCCCUCAACCCUAAACCAGCCUGUCAACAGGAGACAGCGACAGGCAGCACACAGAAACAUGUAACAGCCAGCCAAAAUACACACACAACCACCUCUAUACCAGGCAAUCCACAGAAACCAGUAACAGCAACCAAAGCAGGCAGUCUGCAGAGAACAGUAACAUCCAGGCCAGUGAAUCAGACGCCUGCCACCGUCUCUGCCUCUAAACUUCCCCAGCUCUGCUCAUCCAUAACCUCAGCCCCUAAAGCCCGUUCCCCUGGUGUGACUCUCGAUGUGGUCCAGAGUUUGGCUUUCGCUGCCCCAUCUGCCACAGUCCAGGCAGCCCCCCCUCCAUCCUACCACACCUCGGGGCCUCCAGGCCUGGCAGGAAAGACCCAGGCUGGUGAGGCCUGCUCGGAGGUGUUGGUUCAGAGGAGGCUGGAUGAGACCAACAGGUCACUGGAGGCAGCGCUGGAUGUUGUAGAGAGGAAAAUGGCUCAGGUUGACUGCACUGACGGGUAAGACACACACACACACACACACACACACACACACACACACACACACACACACACACACACACUGUGUUAACACUCUCCUCUCUCUUUUCCAGUGGCAGCAGCACAGUGAAAGCAGCAGGGAAUAUCCUGGAUGACAUCGGCAACAUGUUUGAUGACCUCGCCGACCAGCUGGAUGCCAUGUUGGAU